AUGAUUUCCAACCCGUUUCAUCUUGCUCAUGCCAUAUCUAACAUCAAAGCCAUUAUUCCUGUGACAUUGGAUAUUAAAAAUCCGAAUUAUCAAAAGUGGAGCCACUUCUUCACCAUCACCGCAUGCCGCUUCUGUCUCACCGAUCUCCUUCUCGGUAAAGAAAAGCCCUCCGACAUCUCUGCCGAUGAGUGGCAAUGCGAGGAUUACCUUCUCCAAUCUUGGAUCUAUGGCACCAUAACCGAGGACCUCUCGAGCAUGGUUCUCUCCAAAACCGAAAUGGCUCAUGAUCUGUGGAAGGCCCUCGCCUCUCUCUUUACAGACAACGAAGACUAUCGGGCCAUUCAACUCGAAGAACAGUUCAAGUCCCUAAAGAAAGGAUCUCUCUCGAUCCAUGAUUAUUGUCAACUUCUCAAAACCACUGCCGACAACUUGGCUGAUGUCGGCAACCCCGUGUCGGACAAACAACUCAUCCUCCAAACCCUCCACGGCCUACCCAAACAUUACGGGACCAUUGUGAAUCUAAUCUCAUUCCAAAAUCCGCUGCCAUCUUUUCUCCAAACUCGUUCACUACUUCAGAUGGAAGAACACCGUAUUGCUGAACCGGAGCAGGCCCCUAUUGUUCUCUACGCAUCUCGCCCCAACAGUUCCAACAGUUGGCCGAACAGUUCCAACAGUUGGCCCAACACUCCCGGCAAUUAUCGAGGUGGUGGAUCUUGGCGCAAUCAGCGAGGUGGAGGUCGCACAAACCGUCGUGAUGGUCGUGCUCAUGCUUAUUUCGUUGGACAACAAGAUCCGACAUCUGGCCACUCCUCCACUGCCUUCAAUUAUCCUUCCCAACUGCACGCGAACUAUUCCAACAGUUCAUCGAAUAGUGGUGUCUUACAGCCAUCAGAUAUUGCUACUCAUCUCAACACAUUGACUCUCCAGUCAUCGAGCGAACCUCAAUGGUUUAUGGACACGGGCGCAUCAUCUCACAUGGCACCUCACUCAGGUAAUUUCCAUUUUAUUUUUAAUCCUAGUAAUAAUUUCCCCAAGCAUGUCAUCGUUGGUAAUGGCUCCACCGUUCCUAUCCUUAAAAUUGGCCACACCAUCCUACUUUCUACCCCGUUUCGUCUAACCAAUGUCUAUGUCACCCCUCACAUCAUUAAGAACCUUGUGUCUGUCCGAAAAUUCACCAGAGAUAAUUCAUGUUCGAUUGAAUUUGACCCUUAUGGUUUUUGUGUGAAGGACCUCCGGACCAGAGCAGUCAUCCUCAGGUGCAAUAGCUCCGGUGAUUUAUACCCUAUUGGCGCCCCUUCUCCCAGCCCGCAACCGCCCUAA